AUGGAGACGCUGCUGACAGCUCUGAUCCACAUUCAGGUAAAUAUUUUCAAUCUGUGUUUUCCAGUGACUCUGGGAUUAUCUGCUGGACAGGAAGUGAAGGAGAAUCUGACAGGAACCGUUGGAGGAACCGUCACUCUACCUGGUGCUGUCACAGAGACAGAGACAGGAUUUCUUUUAUAUGGAAGAACAAUCAUUGCUUCAGUGUCUAACGGUGGACUUAAAAUUAUUGUUAAGAACAUUUACCAGAACAAGCUUCAGUGGAACCGAAGCUCUGGACUCUUUAAGAUCACAAACCUGCAGAGGAACGACUCAGGAAUCUACACAGUUCAAAGAGGCGAAAUUUCUUCUUCAUAUAAUCUUCAGAUUUAUGAUCCAGCACCGACUCCUGCAGUAACAGCUGUUGAUGUGACCUCUGACCUCUGCCUGUUGACCUGCUCUGUGGACAAACCAGCGACUCUGCUGUGGAUCAGAGACCAAGAAAUACAGAACCAGAUCCGCUCUGCUCUGUAUUUAACUGUUACUGUCUGUAAAGAGGAUAGAGCUUCAUCAUAUAGAUGUGCAGCAGCCAAUCCUGCAGAGAACAAGACUGUUGAUGUUAAUGUGACGAUUCUCUGUGGAUUCAACGAGACAGAAACUCUGAAUGACAGAAUAUCAUAUUGGAUCCCAGUUGUUGUCUCAGUCGUGGUUCUAAUGUUUGUUGCUUUUGGAGUCUGGAUGGUCAAACUGAAGUUUCUGGGCCGAAAGGAACCAGCAGGACAAACACAGAACAGAUCAGGAUAUUCGUCUCCUCCAGAAGUUUCUCCUCAGGAAAAUGAUCCAACAUUUACAACAGUCAUUUAUAGAACCUGAAACCAGGAAAAACCUUUAAAAUGUUCCUGUUUUUAAAUGUUUUAUUUUCUCCAGUUUAACUUAUUUUGGUAAAUUAACUGAAGUUUAUGGAAAACAAACUUUGAGCUGAACUGUAGAGAAAACAGAUGCAAUAAAAUCACAUUUAUUUCUAUAGAAUAUUUAUGAACUUUUAUGACAAACUGCUGCUGGCCGAAGCAAAAGAUUCAAACUGAAACAGUCAGAAAAACAUAGAAUCACAUCAAACAGAUCUGCAGAUAAUUCUGGGUUUCCUCAGUGGGUUUCUGAUGAUUUGUUUCUGUUCCCCUUAACGCUCUUUAAAACGAGACGUGUCUCAGUUUAAUUUAGAUCUAGAAAUAAAAUAAUUGUUCUUUUUUCUUGCAUUCAAACUUUAAUGUUUUUAUAUUUAGGGGUAACAGUUCAUCCCAGAUUAACAGUCUGGAUCCGAACAGGAAGCCUUUUGUCCCCAAUACAGACCUGCAGUGACUCCUAGUGGACAGGAGGAGAAACUUCAUUACCGUUCAGUGAUGCACAAACAGCAAAUUACAACAAUAAUUUAAAUGUU